GCACGCCGUCUGUUACCCGGUGGGCGUGUCGGGCGGCACGCCGUCUGUUACGCGGUGGGCGUGUCGGGCGGCACGCCGUCUGUUACCCGGUGGGCGUGUCGGCCGGCACGCCGUCUGUUACCCGGUGGGCGUGUCGGCCGGCACGCCGUCUGUUACCCGGUGGGCGUGGCGGCCGGCACGCCGUCUGUUACGCCGUGGGCGUGGCGGGCGGCACGCCGUCUGUUACGUCGGGUGGGUUGCCAUGUUGAGCGCACAUUAUAUUUCCCACAAUUUAAGCUUCUGCAUUUUCCAAAUGCAAUAGUAUUACUCACACGUAUUGUUCGGUUCGCAAUGCGUACCGAACGGUUCAAUACGAAUACGUGUGUAAUAAGUAUUUGGACGGUGACACAUUUUUCUAAUUUUGCCUCUUUUCACGACUCCAGUGGAUUUUAAAGGAAGCAGUCAAUGUGUGGUUGAAGUGCAGACUUUCAGCUUUAAUUCAAUGCAUAAAAUAUUACAUGAACUGUUUAGGAAUUAUGGCCAUUUUUAUACAGUCCCCCACAUUUUCCGAAAAUACCAAGUCUAUUUACCUUUUAUGAAACUUAUUUUUCCAGACUCCUUUUCUUCUGUUUUCAUCUUUCUGAUCUUUGUGUUUUGCGGUUUAAGCACAUUUUGUCAUCAGAAAGCGUCUCAUUGUCUGAUCGAUGCAUGAAAUGUCAACAAUUCAUGAGAACAUGUAAUGAAUUUGAUGUAAUUGUUUUUCAUCAAAUAAAACAAAACAUUCCAUCCUUUUGUAAAAUGUAGCAGUAAAUUGAAUGUCUUGCCCCUCCCCCAAGGUUCUCCUCAGCACGUUCCUGGCGCUCUCAUUGGCUGGAGGUCAGAUCUUUCGACUGCUAGGUGAUGCAUCUUGGAACAUCGAGCGCCAAGCCAACGUCAGUUUGCCUCUGAUCUGGGGCUUCUGUUGGGAAGCGAGUGAAGACUCUGUGCUAGGGUUGUGUAGUGUGUCCCCGUGAUGGAAACCAAAACAUAAGCAUCGUUUUUCCUGUUCAUUCGGCUUUGUGAAGAAUCUGCUUACAGUGGCUGAUUGACUAAUUGUCAAAGAGAAGUUGUCCACAUCAGAUCAUACUGUAUUUAACAGCUGCAGUAAAGUGUUCCCAUCCAAACAGCCCUCUGUAGGUCAUGUGCUCUGAUUAUUUGCUGUUGUUACUAUCAGAGCUCCGGAGCCCAGAACGUGGUAUUCAGGACAGACCCACACCAGACAUGCUGACUGUGCCACCACAAGUCUCUUGAUUUUUUGCUCUGUUUAUUCUCCCCUCGCAGCAAUGAUCGGGCUGCUGUACCCCUGCAUUGACAGCCGUCUGGGGGAGCCACACAAGUUCAAGCGGGAAUGGUCCAGUGUGAUGCGCUGCGUGGCUGUGUUUGUGGGCAUCAACCACGCCAGUGCUAAAGUGGACUUUGCCAAUAACGUGCAGCUGUCUCUGACUCUGGCGGCGCUGUCCAUUGGUCUGUGGUGGACCUUUGACCGCUCCCGCAGCGGCUUUGGCUUGGGGGUCAGCAUCGCCCUGUUGGCGACGCUGGCCACCCAACUCCUGGUUUAUAAUGGAGUCUUUCAGUAUACUUCACCAGACUUCCUGUAUAUUCGCUCCUGGUUACCUUGCAUCUUCUUUGCAGGCGUGAUAACGAUGGGAAACAUAGGACGGCAGCUAGCCUUGUAUGAAUACAAGUUUGUUCAGGAGAAGACGCAUCAGGACUGAGGGAUCUCACCAGGCCUCUGCUCAGAACAACGUUGUCUUUGCACCGACCUGAGAGCAGAGGGCGUCUGCACGCAGCAUAAACCAGGACUGGCUGUCCCUGGAGGAGCCAGUUAGGCAUGUCAAAGACACCCGAGGUCCUGAUUGGCUGCCUGGUGCUUUCUGCUGGACAACACAGUAUUUUGAUUGGCAGAUGCUGGGACGUCUGCUGGCUGUAUUGUUACCUGAGCUGAACAAUGAUAGCAGAGGUUCUUGUGUGUUUUUCUUCGGUGCAGUUUCUCUCUGCUUACCUGGGAAGAGAUUAGCAGCGGAGCAUCUAUCGCUCUUCAGAUCAGCUGGAAUGUUUGAAACCUUUGGCUUUGUUGUGCCAAACACAGAACGGAGGGGAGGGAUCAGGGAUCAGGUUUAAAGUCAGCUCUUAUCUCCAGAGUCUUUCACAUAUCAGUGGAGAACACACAGCUGGAAAAGAUAUCUCUAUACCAAACAGUUUAUUGUGUAUAAUUAACUUAUAUCUACAUUUAGCUUUCUUGAUAGAGUGAUGUGUACUGUCUGUGAGAACAAAGUGUGUAUUUCUACCAGUCCUGCUCAUCACCAACAUGUAUGAACCAUCUGAUCCAUGAAGGACGCUGCAGAGCUCUGAGGCUUUGGUUUGUGAGGGAUACAUUUAGACUGAAGUCAGCCAGCAGCUUUAAUCCAGACAUCAACACAGGCUUCACUUUAAAGCACAUUUUCUGAAUGAAUUCACUCAUUGUGGGACCGUUUCUCUUUUAAAACCCUUUUAUCAUUUCUC